GUCCGUGCGUGGGGGAUUGCGCGAUGUCCUUUUGUUUGUCCGCCGCUGCAAAGAUCAGCAGAGUCCCACACGUCACCCUCCCACAUACAUGGUGGGUAAAGUAUAGCGCAGCAUCCUCUCCCUCUCUCAUACACUAGAUCCCUGCAACGACAAACCGCUUUCUAUCGGCAUAAGAAGUACUGAGCCGUUCACCACAACAUUCACGAAUCCUCUGUCGGCAAGAUGGCUGUUAAUGCUCCCCCCAGCAUCGGGCUUGAGACUCUCGAUGGCUGCCCCAUUCGUCCUGGCUUCGGUACGUCCGGUAAGGCUAUCAACGUCUUCGCGAACAUGUUCGCUGCUCGCUUCGACAAGUCCGACGCUGUCGUCUAUCAUUACGACAUCGAAAUCAAUCCCGUGGUGAAAACCAAGGAGGCCAAGAAGCCAAGGCCACUUCUCCAGAAGAUCUGGGACCAAAUGGUCCAAGAAGCCACUGGCCCCCUUAAAACUGCGCUUGAAUCCGCUGCCUUUGACCAGCAGAAGAACUUCUACACUCCUCACGUUCUUGAUCUGAAGGAUGGAAAGUUGGAGAUCAUCGUUGGUCUCAAGGAGGAUGGUAUUGUCCCUACCGACGAUAGACGUCGGUUCAAGGCCGUUAUUCAGGCUGCCGACAAUUGCCAAAUUGACUUGGACACUAUCAUCAGCUACUCCAAAGGCGACAAGCAAACCGAGCAGACUCGUGACGUUAUGCUUCGUGCUGUCCAAUCUGUUAACGUUCUCCUUCGGCAGGACGCUGCUAAGCGCUUCUCCAUGCAUGGUGCAGCUGGCCGAAAGUUCUUCACCGAGGAGGACGGUGUCGCUAUCUCGGGCGGCGCUGUCGUCUACAGGGGUUUCAAGCAAUCCUUCCGUUGGACUUCUUCGGGCUAUCCCGCUGUCCAACUUGACAAUGCUACUUCUGCCUUUAUCGAGCCUGGAAUGCUCGUCGAUGUUGCCCCCAAGAUCCUCGGUCUUGCGGGCGCUGGUGGUGGUCGGGGUGGUCGAGGUGGCCGUGGCGGUCCUCGUGGUGGCUUCCAUGGCGGAGCUCCCGGUCCCGUUCGCCCUAUUCAAGAACUCAAUCCGCUUCAGAUCAGGAAGCUAAGCGACUUGUUGAGAAGUGCCAAGUUCACCGUUACCCACCGAAAGACUGAACGCAUCUUUGCCAUUGCCCGCCUUACUUCCCAGCCAGCCGAAGGUAUCAAGUUUACUCUUAACGGGAAGGACGGUCAACCCGACCGCACCGUUUCUGUUGCUCAGUACUUCCAGGAACAGUAUAACAUCAAGGUCACCCGUCCUCGACUUCCUUGUAUCCAGUACGGCAAGAACUUUGUGCCUAUGGAGUUUGUCAGGCUUGAGCCUUUCAACGCUAUUCCUAUGAUGAAGAUCACUCCCGACCAGACGGCAGAAAUCAUCAAGGAAGCUGCUAAACCCCCUAGCCUUCGGCAGGGCUCCAUCCAAGGCUGGAGACAGAAGCUCAACUAUGAAAAUCUUCCCAAGCUCAAGGCUUGGCACCUCCAGGUGCAAACCCAAAUGAUGAGCGUCCCUGCCCGUGUGCUUGCCCCUCCUGCCAUCAACUAUGCCGGUAACCAGUCCUUGAGAGCCAACUUUGGGGGCUGGAAUCUUAAGGGUGUCAAGUUCAACAAGGCCGGCAAACCUCUUACUUCUUGGGCUGUCGUAUCUUUCGACGAGCGAUGCACUGUCCCAGACCUUCAAAAAUUCAUCAAUUACUUUACCGGCGUACUCGUGCAGUACGGAUGUCCCGUGCAAAACAGGCGCCCUGCUCUGUUGCAGCUUAAUCCCAACGCAGGCGGACCUAACAUGGGAGUCAAGCCUGCUCUCCAACAAGCUGCCAAGGCUGCGUUCGCCGAUUCAAAGGUCAACCCUCAAAUCAUUCUUUGUAUCCUCCCCAGAAAGGAGGCCAGCAUCUACCAGACUAUCAAGUCUGUUGGUGCUGAAGGCCUUUUCAAGCCUGUUGUGACUCAAUGUUUACAGUCUGCGAAAAUCAAGAGUGACCGAGGCAUUGACCAAUACUGUGGUAAUGUCGCGAUGAAAGUUCAUUGCAAGCUUGGUGGUGUCACUCACCAGGUCAAGCACAAUGUCGACAAGACUACUAUGCUUUGCGGUGCCGAUGUCACGCAUCCUCCUUCCCGUGGACGAGUUCUUUACCCGUCUAUCGCUGCUACUGUUGCUUCCAUCAAUGGCGAGAACAAUUACUUUGCUGGUUGUGUCACUGAACAGGGCGGUCGAGUCGAGAUCAUCCAGCUCCUUGACGAGAUGAUCACACACCACAUCAAGACAUUUGAGAAGAACACUGGAGCCAAGCCUCAAAAGAUUCUUUUCUACCGGGAUGGUGUUUCUGAAGGCCAAUACCGCUUCUGUGUUGACGAGGAGCUCCAGUCAAUUAAGAAGGCUUGCAAGGCUCUUGGCGGCAAUUACAAUCCAAAGAUUACCUUUGUCAUCUGUGCUAAGCGUCACGCCAUGAGGUUCUUUGCAGCUAGCGACGCCGACAGGGAUAGAACUGGCAACUUGCCACCUGGCACUGUUGUCGAUAGGGGCGUUACGUCGCCACACAACUUUGACUUUUACUUACAAGCUCAUGCCGGUCUGCAAGGCACCGCUAAACCCACCCAUUACGUCGUUAUGGCUGACGAAGCUGGUUAUACUGCCGAUGCGCUACAAAAUCUUACUAAUACCCUGUGUUACUCCUUUGCGAGAGCGACUCGGUCUGUCUCCCUUGUGCCCAUGGCGUACUACGCCGAUAUUAUUGCAGAGCAGGCGAGGCUUAUUAGCUACAAUGAGGAUCUGGAAACUGCGACGACAGCUCCUUCUAGUACUUCGGGCAAACUCGAGACGGUUGCGUUCGAUCCCCAUAGACACUUUAAAAGGCAAUUCGUUGGAUCUGAUUUCGGUUUCACAGGCUGGUUCAUGUAACUUCAUCUCUAUUAACAUCACUACUUCAUCUUUAAUAACAUCACAUACGUCGCUGUUCACGGCUUUCUUGCCACCAAAAAAAGUCUGCUUUCCUUGAAUAGACGUUGUCUAUCGAAAUUAAAUUCAAGUUGUGUUUUCGUUCCCUAUCGUGGUAUGCCCCUGCUUUUUGUUCUAGUUUUGGGUGGAAGUCGGAAAUGAAUGCAAGAAUUUAUCUGGUC